AUGCCGGGACGGGUUCUACCGACGUUUACGGCCGCCGAGGUUGAGGCGCAUAACAACGUCAAAUCUUGUUUUAUCACCAUCGGGCGCAAGGUUUACGAUGUCACGGAUUUCGUGCAGGACCAUCCCGGAGGCGGUGAUCUAAUCCUAGACUACGCAGGGAAGGAUGUUCUGGAGAUUAUGAAGGACGAAAUCUCUCAUGAGCAUAGUGAGGCAGCUUACGAAAUCCUGGAUGACUACCACGUCGGUUUCCUCGCCCCGAGCGGCUCUACUUCCACCAAGGCCAAAGCGUCAGGAGUGGAUGCUAGUGAAGCCGAUUCUUCGCCUGUUUACCAAACAACUGGAAUGUCGCGAGAGGAGGAUCUGUCGGUCGAAACGGACUAUUCGCAAGAUUUCAAGACACACAAAUUCUUGGAUCUCAAUAAGCCUCUCUUUCCCCAGUUGUGGUACAGCACUUUUUCGAAGGAGUUUUAUCUGGAGCAGAUCCACCGACCUCGCCACUACAAGGGCGGCGAAUCGGCCCCACUCUUUGGUAACUUCUUGGAGCCUCUCAGCAAGACAUCAUGGUAUGUGGUGCCUAUGAUCUGGCUGCCGCUCGUCGCCUAUGGCACUAAGGUUGGAACAGCCGGCCUGGGUGAUCCUCUCGCUGCUGCUGCAUACUGGAUUGGUGGUGUUUGCCUGUGGUCAUUGAUUGAAUAUCUCAUGCACCGUUUCCUCUUCCAUGUUGACAAUUGGCUUCCCGAUAACCGAGUUGGUCUGACCGCACACUUUUUGCUUCAUGGCAUUCAUCACUACCUUCCUAUGGACAAAUAUCGGCUAGUCAUGCCGCCAACCCUGUUCGUGGCCUUGGCGGCUCCGUUUUGGAAAUUGGCCCAUACCGUUUUCUUUUACAACUGGUUUGCGGCCGUGCAAGUGUUCUGUGGCGGCGUCUUCGGGUACAUCUGCUAUGACUUGACCCACUAUUUCCUUCACCACCGCAAUCUUCCUAUGUACUACAAGGAACUCAAGAAGUACCACCUCCAGCACCACUACGCAGAUUUCGAGAAUGGCUUUGGCGUUACCAGCCGAUUCUGGGAUCGAGUCUUUGGCACCGAGCUGGAGACCCCGCCUCCCAAGGGCUCCAAGGCUCAGUAA